AUGAAAUUAAAUCCUGCCACGUUUGAAAGUCGACGAAGAUUACUCAACGGAGCUCCGUCCUCCCCGCCAGAAGCAAUCUCCUCGGCGUCAGUCAAAUACACGAAGACCCGGUAUGCCGACGGGGUUAAGAACCUUGUGAGGCCGGGUAAAUUAAGAGAAGAAGAGAAGUAUCCCGAUGUCGGCGUAUCGGGUGCGGAUGACGUGGAACCUUCGAUUUCUUCUCCAGUGCCGUCCUUGUAG